AUGAAACUUGCUGUUCUUCCUUUGGUAAUAUUUUCACUUAUUCAAUCUUCUCCAGUUUCUCAACAACAUCAACUAAUUUAUGUACAAGCUGUAAGUUUAGAAGAGAAUUAUCCUUUCAAAUUCAUGUAUUUUUUUAGGUUUGGAGACACGGAGAUCGUACACCUCAAAAUGGAUUUAAAACCGACACAAUAACAGAAUCUGAUUGGAUAAAAGAAACUGGAAAUGGAUUCGGACAAUUAACUUCACUUGGAAUAAAACAACAAGUUAAUCUUGGAAAAGCAAUUCGUCGAAGAUAUAUUGAAAAAGAGUUCCAAUUUCUUCCCGAAGAUUAUGAUGCAAGUGUAAUGCAUAUUCGAACAACGGAUACUAAUAGAACAUUCAAAUCAGCUGAAGCAAAUAUGCUUGGAAUGUAUCCAGAUGGACAUAAUUUUAGUUUUUAUCGAACAAUUGGAUAUAAAAAAGAUUGUGCUGGAGCUGUAUUUUGUAAAUGUCCACGAGUUGACAAAUUAUAUCAAUUAUCGAAUAAUUUGGAAGAAAACAAAAUAUUUGCAAAGGAAUCUGAAGUUGUUGAAAUAUUAAAUAAAUUAACAGAAUAUUAUGGAGAAACUAUUACAUUGGAUAAUAUUUGGAGAGUAUUUGAUAAUUUGAAUUGUCAAAGAAUUCAUUUUCCUGAAAGACUCAAAGAAAAAACAUGGUAUAAUGAGGAAUUAUAUCAAAAAUUAUUGAAUAUUUCAUAUGAAUCAAAUGAAAGGUUUUUUGGACUUUAUGAAACUGCAAACUCUACUAUAUUAAAUGGUAUCGAUAUUUCUUCGGAAACUAAAAAACUUCGAGUUUCGGCACUGGUUGAAGAAAUUUCGAAAAGACUACGGAACAAAUUAGAGAAUUCAGAUGACAUUAUUAAAUAUCAUGCAUAUUCAGCGGUAAGUCACAAUUAAAUUAUAAAUGCAAAUCAAUUCAAUUUUCAAUAUUUUCAGCAUGAUGCAACAGUUUUUGCGGUUUUAUCAGCUUUAGAACUUCACGAUCACGCUGCAAAUUCUCCCGGAGAAUGGCCAAAUUAUGCAGCUGCUGUUUUCAUCGAAUUAUAUCAAAAUCAACGAAACGAACCAUUUUUCAAAUUAGUAUAUCGAAAAGAUGAAAAUUCAAAUUUCGAGGAUUUGACUAGAAACAUUCCUCAAUGUGUAGAUCAAGAAUAUUGCCCAUUUAAAAUUUUUGAAGAAAUCACAAAAACGUACAAAAUUGAAAAACCGAUUCUGGAAUAUUGUCAACAGUUGCCAUAA